AUGGAGCACAACGAUGCCGUGCUGCGGACUCGCCGGGCUUUGGAAGCCUUGGCCGAGCGCUGGCCAGCCCAGCUCAUGGCCCAGGCGAUCAAGGAGAUCCUGAACGAUGAGGAAGGGCUGUCAGAGGAGGGCUUGAGCUGGAGCAAGGAAGUCGGCCUGGCGUUUGUCCUACCUCGAGGAGCGCUUCAAUGUGUCCCUCUCGCGGCCAACGAGCCCAGAGACGGGCUGCAUCGCACCGCCACGUUCGUCCGAAUCCCGGAUGCGUCGUCCAAGCUGGUCGUCGCGCCUGCCGGUCCUUGCGGCUUCGGGGUGUUUGCGACAGCGAGAAUCUCUUCCGGCGAGCGGCUUGGAGAGUACACCGGAGAAAUCCGACGAUAUGAUAUUUGGUGCGACGAAAUCAAGGCGCUCAAAGUAAAGCGCCGAAAUUCCGAUGCCUCCUCGCCCUUCAUCCGCGAGGAGCUCUACGCUGCCUGGGCAGGCUCGGGACCCGCUGAAAAAGGUGUGGUUAUUGAUGCCUACCACAAAGGCAACCUCAUGCGUUUCAUCAACUGCAGCUGCAAGCCAAACUGCAGCUUUAAGAGUGUAAGCGCUCAAGGAGAGCCUCACGGCCGGCUGCAGGUAAAUGCCUUGCGGGCCAUCGAAGUUGGAGAGCAGCUCUCCGUGGACUAUGGUUGGUACCACGACCCUGCAACAUUGGACGAUAUUCGCAAGGAGGCAGUCGCGGUCUACUCGUCGGAUCUGCCACAACUACAGGCCCUGCAGCUCCCGGACCCUGUGAUCGGCGACGACGCUUCCGAGGCAGUGCAGCUGGUGGCCGAAGCCCUCAAGGCAGGCAUCCAAAAAGUGCUUGGACAGACGAAGAGGAAAGACUUUCGGACGUGCGAUCUCUCUGCCUGCGCACAUGUAGUCGUGUUACAUGCAGAUGGCUGCAUGUGCAGCACACGUAUGCAAGUUCACCAACCAUGCACUACAUUCGUUUGGGAGCUUGCCGCCAUCGAACCUUGA